AUGCCCUCUCAGAACGACAUUGCCAAGAGCUUCCGGGCUCUCCACAACCCCAAAGAUCCCCUUAUCCUGACAAAUGUCUGGGACGCCAGUACUGCCUCGACCAUAGCCUCGCUGCCCUCCACCCGGGCCAUUGCUACAGCAUCCUUCGCUAUUGCCGCGUCCAUUGGUGUCGACGACGAUAACCUCACCAAGGCCCAGAAUCUGGCUGCGCUGGAAAUGAUCGUCUCCGCCGCUCGCAAAACCAACCCCGCCCUUCCGGUCACAACCGAUUUCCAAGAUGGGUACGGCAAAGACCUCCCCAGCCUGGCCGCGGCGGUCAAGGAGAUCAUCGCAGUGGGCGCAGUGGGUUGUAACAUCGAGGACAUGGACCUAGCUGCCGGUACUCUGCGGCCGCUGGAGGACGCCGUCGCGCGAGUGAAGACGGUCGUUGAGGCGGCGAAAGAGGCCGGAGUUCCAGACUUCGUAGUCAAUGCUCGAACGGAUGUGCUAUCCCAAGAGGGCGGCACGCUGGACCAGGUGAUUGAGCGCGGAAAGGCAUUUUUGGAGGCUGGGGCUUGCACUGUGUUUGUCUGGGGUGGGCCUAAGCUCAGGGGAGUGUCGAGUGAGGAAGUGAAGAUCUUGGUGAAGGAGCUGAAUGGAAUGGUGAAUGUUAUGAUGCUGUUGAUCCCAGGAUUCUUGGGACCACAGGAGAUUCGACAGUUGGGCGUUGCAAGGGUCAGUAUUGGGCCUGGGCUAUGGAUGAAGGCGAUGGAGUUGGUGAAGGAGCAGGCUCAGUUGCUGGCAUGA